AUGGGGACGGCGCUCGAUGCGCUGACUACCCACCAGCCGUUGAACUCGCGUCGUCCUGCAGCCCCGACUCUGCCCAGCUUUGAGCUUCCUGCACCCAACUUUCAGACCAGCGUCAAGUACGCCCAUCACAAUCCUCCGCCUAUUAAUCCCAGCGUCAGCAACCUUCUCACUCCACCAGCGACCACGCAGUCGGGUGAAACACUGCCUGCUACGACCUCGCACACAGCCACCACGACGGCACCCACAAAUCCGGAGUUGACUCCGUACUGGCAAAGCCAGAGCGCAUACCAGAGUGGGUCAGGGGCAGCAGCUGCCCGUCAGUCGUGGAACUCAAGUGUGGUGUAUCCGAGUCGAGACACCUUCUCCCCGUCGGUGAAUUCCCUGAAUCGCAACCCUGCCACGUCGACUCCAGGCACCGAGCACAUCGCCCAGUCAUACGAGAUGAAUCACUUGCCUCCGUUUCACCAAUCUGCCUCGGUCUCCGCUGCUGCACCAGUUCAGGCGGGUGCUCCUCAGCAGCAUCACGCAAUGACACACGCGAUGUUGUCCGCACACAACCCGUUGCCCAACCCAGCACCGUCGCCGCAUCCCCUUCCUUCGAACGACCCCUAUAUGGUCAAAUCGUCGUCUGCUCCAGCCUAUGGGAAUAUUCAGCAGCUGUCAAGCCCACCGGGCGGCUAUCCGCCGUACGGACAACAGGGCAUUGUGCCCAACCGGGUGGCAUCAAAUCCGCACCCCUCGCACCAUCUGAACUAUCAACGACAGCCAUGGCCGUCAUAUUCGCUUCCGGCGAUGAACGGACCCAUCUGGACGAAUGUGCACAAUCCCAACGGGCAGAUGUCACUCACCGGAAACUUGCAGUCCGGGGUGCUGCCUGGGUUGCCUGGGUACAACAGUGGGCACGUGGCCAAUAUGCAGCAGAUGCAGCAGUUGUAUGGGGGUCACCCACCCCAUCCGGGUCACGGCGCGCCAGGACCCACCAACGAUCGACCGUUCAAGUGUGACCAGUGUCCACAAAGCUUCAACCGCAACCACGACUUGAAGCGACAUAAGCGAAUUCAUCUCUCGGUGAAGCCGUUCCCGUGCACCCACUGCGACAAGAGCUUUUCACGCAAGGACGCACUCAAGCGACAUAUCCUUGUGAAAGGCUGCGGAAAAGACGGCUCUGAUGGCAUGAAGCCAGGGGAUCACGGGAUGGUGAAGGAGGAGGAUCGAAGUGACGAAUCAAAUGGACAGCACUGA